AUGGAUAAUAAAAAUCGAAGUAAUUCUGGAAAUAAUGGAAAUAUAAAUAAAUCAUCACCAAGGUUGGAAAGCCAGUCUGAUGGUUCAAAUCAAAAUAUAAGUAAAAUAAAAUUAAAUGAUAUAGAAUAUAUUGAUGAUCAAAGUAGUAGUUCAACAAUAGAUAGAGAAAAUGAUGAAAUAAUAAUAAGUCCGAGUAUUGAUAGUUUGGAUAAUAUAAAUAUAAAUGAAAAUAAUAAUAAUAAUAUAAAUAAUAUAAAUAAUAUAAAUAAUAUAAAUAAUAAUAAUAAAAGUGAGAUAAUGAUAUCGUCACCAAAUGAAAAUAAUGAUAAUGAUAGUGAUAAUAAUAAUAAUAAUAAUAAUUCAAAAUAUUCAAGUGAUAGUAGUAAUAAUAAUAAUAAUGAAUUUGAUGAAAAAACUAAAAAAGGAUUUGAAGAUGAAGAUGAUUAUGAAGAUGAAGAAGAACCACAAAAUAAAAAAGUUGAAAUGUCAGAAUUUUCAGUUGAAAAAUCAAAGAUGGAAGCAGCAAAGAUUGCAAAGAAAGAAAUGGAUGCAAGAAGAAAGAAAUUACCAUUUUUUACACAUGCAUUAGAGAUAUUAAUAGAUUAUGGUCAAACAUUGAUUAUUGCAUUGAUUGGUACAAUUUUAUGUAUAUUGGCAGCGACAGCAUAUGCACAUCCAGAUUGGAUUCAUCGUAAUAGUGGUACUGUUGAUUAUUUUUCAUCUGAAAGUUAUGCAAUUUUAGUUUCAACAUUUUUUUCAUCAGGUUUAGCAGUUUUUACAUUGGUACAAUUUUUAGCAGUUUAUGGUAUGAAAAGAAUGAUUGAAACUCAUUUCUAUGGUUGGGUGAUUGGAGCGAUUGCAUUGUUUAUGAUUGUGCCAUGGGCAUUUGAAUUGGGAGGACAUGCAUGGUGGUUUUGGUUGGGUGAUGUUAUACUGUUGAUUGUUGGCUAUACAUCAUUAUGUUUUGUUAUGGGUUAUGUUGGUAAACCAUAUCAAACACCAAAAGAAAGACGUUGGAAUGGUAUUAAAUUUCUUGGUACUGAAGUUUGGGUAUCUGCCACAGCUUUGAUCUAUGGUAUGUUUUUAAUUCAACUUUAUGGUAACUUUUCAAAUUAUGGUAGAAUGGCAUGGCGUCUUUUGGUGCAUCCAGUUUAUUUUGAAUUUUUAAUGAUGGUACCAGUGCGUAUGCUUGUAACCAAUCAAAUGGAAGUACAUGGUGUUUCAAUUAUGAGUAGUCUUGCCAUCACCCAUGCACUUAGUCACGUUGCAACACUUGGUAAAAUUAUGUUGUCAACAAUCAAUCAAACCGAGUUAACAAUCAUUUCAGUUCUUUUGUUAAACCUUGGUAAAUUGGUUUUCCGUUCAACAGUUCAAUUGAGAGAUGAUGCAAUUAAUAGGCUUGGUUUUCGUUUAUUUGGUAUCAAAGUAACUCAUAAAGAAUCAAAAGGUUUCGUUAGAGCUGUCAAUAUUUACACUGAAAUGAUCAUGGAGAAUGCUUCAAUUCCUGCAUCAGCUUAUACAUUAUGGGCAUUUUAUAAAUUUAGAGGUAUUUUCUUUUUACCUUAUCCUGAUGGUGGUGAAUUCACUUUGGGUGAAGCUACAGUAAAUGUCGUCAUUCAAUUAUCUUUUGGCUUGGUUUUUGAUGCUUUAACUCUAUUUAUUAAUGAAAGAUAUUUUAAUUAUCCUUUAGAAAGAGCUUGGAAAAAAAUGAAAGAAAAUUGGUUAUCUUUCUUUGGUUUCUUAUUAUAUGGUCUUGUUACAAUGGGUAUGAUUGGUAUACUUUAUAUGGUUACUAGAGUACCUAGAUUCGUGACAUGUUCUUCUUAUGAUGUUUGUUCUUGUAAAUUUGUUAAUGAUUGCAAUGCCUUCAUAAACGAUAAUUUAUCAUAG